GGCAUCCCGAAAUGACACUUGUUUUGGAUUCUUAAAUCAUUUCUGGACUGCAUCCAGAAAUGUUGUUUGUUUGUAUGAUACAAGAUGGAUAUUUAUCAAAUCUAGGCAUUCCUGCUGUCAGUGUUCUGAUCAUAGAAAUCAAGGAGUUCCUUUAUCUAUUGAAGGUGAAGGUAAUGUCUUUUUCAUCUAUCCGAGCUGAAAUCUGUGCAGCUUGUGUCAUUCUAAUCUCCUGUUAACAGAGGGAGACUGGUUCUUUUGGAUGAUGAUGAUGAUGAAGAAGUUCUGGAGACACUAGAUUCUGCAGAUGAAACACGUGAUGAAUGGUAAGUUCAGCUUCAGAUGGUGUUUUCUCCUCUUGUUCUGUUUUGUUUCUUUUGCCUAGUUCCCUAUAUUAACAAGCAUUUGCUUUUCCCUGUGACCUUCAGCAUGAAAGAUGUUAAAAUCUACUACCCAUCAAGGUAUGUUUGAAUUUGUUCUUUGGGCAUAGUUAAGUUAAGAAGGUCAAACCAGGGAUGGUCCAGGAUGCGACUAUUGACUUCUUGGUGUUGAUGCAGGAACGAUCCAGAAUGCGUUGAAAUUUGUUUCCGGGAUAUAGACUGUCUGGCUCCUGAAAGUUUCCUGACAUAUUCUAUAUCAUGAACUUUUACAUACGGUACCUAGAGUUGCAGGCUUCUCCAUCACAAAAGGCUACUUGUGAUUAUCACAUAUUGAGUACAUUCUUCUACAAGCUGCAACAGGAGUUGUCACGGAAGGGAAGUGGAAAGGAAUCCCUCUUUGUCAAGUUUAGAAGAUGGUGGAAGGGUGUGAACUUAUUUGAGAAGACAUACAUACUGAUUCCUAUACACGAAGAUCUUCACUUGAGCUUGGUGAUCAUAUGUUUCCCUGAGAAAAAGGACAACAAAUCAGGACCAAUGUUGCUGCAUUUGGACUCAUUAAAGCUCCACUAUAGCAGAGUUGUUUUGGAGGAUAUCACUAGUCAGAUGUUGAGAUCUCUGACAGAAUAUGAAAGCGACUUCAUACCAUUUCUUCAAAAAGAAUCGAGGUUCCCCAGCAGAAAAACGAUUAUGAUUGUGGUAUCUUUGUACUUUUUUCUAUGGAGCGCUUCAUUGAUGAAGCCCCCGAGAGGCUGAAAGAAGUGGACCAGGACAUGGUAAUAUUUUCCACCCACCCACCCAUCCGCUUGAAGAUUUAUCUUUCUUUUCAGUCUCUAGUUUUCCAUGUCAUCUGAAUAUAACCUGAGAAAUACUAUCAUAUGUAUACAAUCUUUCUGGUUUGUUAAAUUAACAAAGCACAGCAUUGCUUGCGGAUCAUUUCCGGAGGAGCAACAGCAGCAGAAAACAGUACUUCAACUGAGGAAUCCUGACUUUGUACAGCUCGGAUUCAGGGUAAAGAAGCACAUCAAUGAGUUAGGUGUGUACAUCCUGAGAAAGAGGAGGGGAAACUUGUGGAUUACCCAUUGCCAUUCCUAGUUUCCACCCUUUUAUACUCAUAUCAAUAUAAUAAUAAUUGUAUGCAACAUGGAGCGGAAAGAAGUAAGCACUGAGAAGGGGAAAGUGGAGAACAGAGAGGGAGAAGAAGAAUAAAAGCAGAGGCAGGGUUGGUUGGCUGGCUGGCUGUGGAUCCUUUCCUAAAUCGCAAAGUGCAAGUUGAAGCACACAACAACAACAACAACAGUGUCAGUCAGCUUGUUGGCUAUUGGCGCUAUCUGUUCACGCGGGAGAAGAGAACUGGUUGGAUGAUGGAUAACAACUGGGUAUCGUCGAUAGCGAUUGGGCUUGGACCGUAGCUAGCUAGCUAGCAGAGCUGAUCAUCCAUGUGGGUAUUAAAUUAGAGAGACAGAUGGAGAGUUGCUAUCCGUAUUUAAGGUUCAAAAUCCAAAUGGAGAGCUGAUCACGGUACUCUGACUCAAAUAGGUAUAGAGGACAAGUAGUAUCAAACUAUCAAUAUAUAUGGCUUCCAUUUUUGAAUCAUGUCCGGUGUCUGAAUUCUGUUCGGUUAAUUUGUCAAGAACCAGGUGAUUCCAAUAAUUCGAGUUGUUGGGAGAGGUUCAAUGGUAGAUGAUAUACAGUUCCUCUUUCGACUCGCUCACAAGUCUCUAAACAAGUGCUCUGGACAAUAGGAUCUUGUUCGAAACCUAAGAUCAUGGGGAUGCUCACUUGCCAAAAUGAUACAUUCCCGAGCCUGUACUUCUUCAUCCACGCAUUUCAGAAAGAACUAUAGGAGUCGUUUGGAACCUUUGAUUAUGGAAAUAUUGUAUUAUGAAAAUGUGUGUAUUAAAGAUUAUGUGUAUAC